UUUCUUGUGAUUUUUAUCCCGAUGGGGCUUCCGUAGAAACCGGAAGUGUUUUGUGGAUUUGCAGUAGAUUUCUGUAGCAUCAUUUUCAUAAUAUUUCUUUGUUGGCCGACACCCCUUAACAAGGAUCCUGUGAUGGGUGACAUUCGUCAGUCAUUGUUGCCUCGGGAUGUGCUGAGUGCUGCCAAAGAGCUGCUGUACCACCUGGACAUUUACAUCUGCAACCUGGUGCAGUCUGGGAGACAGCCUCCUCAGGUUGACUCCAAAACUCUAGAUCUAGUCGAGGAAUUCAUCCUUCAUGCGCCCAAAGACAGAAAUGCUCCUGCUCGAAGGAUGAGUGCGCUCCAGGAGCUCCAGCUGCUGGAGAUCAUGUGCAGCUGUUUUCAGGAGCAGAGUCGGGACACCGUUCGCCAGCUGAUGUUCUCAGCUCUCUUUGGUCUCCAAGGAAACGCGGCGGAUGAGAGUCGCAUGGCGCUGUUGGGGAAGCUUGUUUCAAUGGCAGUUGCCAUGGGGAGAGUUCCCAUCCUAGAAUGUGCUGCCACCUGGCUACAGAGAACGCAUCGUGUGUACUGCGUCCGCCUGGCUCAGGUGCUUGUAGAUGAUUACUGUAGCUUGGUUCCAGGCUCCGUGCCCACCCUUCAGAAUAUCCACAGUGCAAGCCCGCGUUUCUGCUGCCAGUUUAUCACAGCGGUCACCACCCUCUACGACCUCACAACAGAGGAGCUCACCCCGCCGAUAGAACUUCUCCAGAUGAUAGUGUCCUGGAUCCAGGAGGACCCUCGGCUCGUGCUCAUCACCUUCCUGAAUACUCCUCUCACGGGCACCCAGCCAAUCAGCUCCCUUGACGUGACGCCACUCGGGGGGCUAGUGCGGUGGUGUGUGAAAGCACCGCUAGCUUACAAGAGAGACAACAAGCAGAUGCUGACAGAUGAGAGGUCAGAGAACACGUUGGAAGCAGGGCCUCUCUUCUCCACGCUCCACCUAAGUGUCCUACAGGUCUUAAUGCUUCUGCCCAACAUACUCAAUGAGAAAGGACUUUUUGGGCGCAUGGGUUUGCUCCAGCUGGACUCCUUGGCAGCUCUGACCUCCGAGUUGUCUCGACUGUUGGACCAGGCUGACAAACACGCACACGCCUCGUCUGCAGAUGCGCACACGUCGCCACAGCUCGCUCUGGACCGGCUGGCACAAGCGCUGCAGGUGGCAAAGGCCAAUGGAGCCCUUCUCUGCUCCAGAGAGGACAUGAGAGCCAUCUGUUCCCGCCUCCCUCACAACAAUCUGCUCCAGUUGGUGCUGUCCGGCCCGGUCAUGUACUACAACAACAUCCACACCCCCCCGCUGGCCUUCAGUCCGCACGCCGCUCACUCCCCCAUCGCCGCGCUCCCCGCUCUCCCCACACAUCCCGCUCACAGCCCACACACCCCCCUCGCCGCCCUCCCCGCCUCCCAUGCUCCAUACCCCGCUCAGCCUUUCAUCAGCGGGAUGCCGUUCCCCUACCGACCCAACCACUGAAGGACUGUGAAACCCAGCGGGUGUGUGGAGGACGAGUGUGUUGUAGUGUGUUACAGCUGGAUUAGCAUUCUGUGAGUGUGGGAAGCGUUUGUUGAAUAAAUAUAUUUUUACAUCACCCAUGGUGUGUUUUUAUUUAACCAAUUGAGGGAGCUACUGUCAGGUUUCUAUCUACUUUCAUUUUGGUCAAAGAAAAAACAAUUAACUGUAGGUUUGGUUAAUGUUGGGAAAGAAGACGGGAAAUAUCCAACGAAAAUUAAGUAGAAAUUAUAAGGAUCCCCGAAGAGAAGAGAAGCGAAGCAAGAACCAAAUGUAUGAUGCAACAUUUGACUUGAGGCCCCUUGACUCACAACGUAGUAUAAUUUCACAUCUGUCCUAACCUCCACGUGCCUUUUACGUAACGAAUAGAUGCCACAACCAACCGUGUGCGGAAGCUGCAUCCUGUUUUUAGGCUGAUAGCAUAUCAAUCAACCCAGGCACGUCAAAAA